CAUAAACAAUAGUUAUAGGAACGGCUGCUGUGGCUUCAUCUACCAUUAAAUGACGAAAAUGUCUGCUACCUAUAAUUGCUCUGAGAUUAAUGCUGUAUUCGGAAUUCCUCGCCUUGCUCAUCCAGACAACUUGUCAGAACCAGCAGGACAAUGAGAAAUUAGGCCAAGAUGGGGAGACUCAAGAAGGACAUGUUGAUAGAAAUGCUUCAAGUAUUUCUAGGACACCAACCAACAGAGCAACAGAUCGCAUGUUUCCUUUCCAUCGUGAAAACAGGAAACAGUGAACAUCUAUGUCUUGGCGAUGUUGCAGUGCCUCUAAAGUCGCCAUUGAUGAAAUACAUAGAGAAAAUGGACACUGCUCUUGGUUGUUACAUUAGAAACCUUACUGAGGAGAGUCACAGUGCUGCCCUCAAGUCCCUGCAGGAGGGUAAAUUCCCAGUGAGUAAGAUAUGGAUAGAUAAAGAUAUUUUAUAUAUCAAAUUUGAAAGAAAGGAGGUAAUGAAGUGUAUUGUCAAGGAAGUAGCCAGGAAUGUACUUGACUAUGGAAAAAACAAACUGUUGUCAUCGGUGAAAGUUAAUAUAGCAAAUGAUUCAAGUAGAGAAUCAUCUGCUUCAGCAACUUCAUACCGAGGCCACAAACUUGCUUUCCAUAUAGGGGAGAUUCUCAAACAUGCUGGUGCAACCGUGGAGCUAGAAGAAUGUGAUCAGAGAAAACCCAGCGCAAAGAUAAGGCAAAACCUACCACCCAUAUUACUAAACCCAGAAAUGGAUGGUGAAACUACUUUCAAGUGUACAGGACUUUGUCCUCCUCCUGCCCCUAGAGUAGAACCAAGUGCAAAUGUUGGAAGGGGUGAGUUUCAGAGGCUGGUGGCAGCAGGCAUGUCAAAGCCCAUGGGAGAAAAAAAGAAAGAGAAUAAAGGUAUAUUCAAGGAACUGUUAGAUGUUUUUGAUCCAUCAGUUCCCCUCCAGCCUCCUAAGGACCAGAAGAAAGAAUUUAUUGAGGAGAUAUUUGAUGCUCAUAAGGAUAUUAAAGCUAUUAUAAAGUCCUCAAAAGAAUCAAAAACAGAGACAACAAGCUAUACAAUAGAAAAUGUUACAGAGGAAUCUUACCCUCCACCUUGUAAUGAUAAGAUUUUUAAGAAACAUCAUUGCUUUUAUGUCCCUAAGUUAGGAGAGAAGAAAAUGGAAGCACCAUUAGUAACAAGGAAAGUAAAAGCUAACCUCCCUACUACAAAAGAGGAAGAGAAGAAAAUGGAAGCACCAUUAGUAACAAAGAAAGUAAAAGCUAACCUCCCUACUACAAAAGAGGAAGAGAAGAAUGAGAUAAACCUUUACAUUGCAAGAGAACCACUCCCAACUACAAUGAUUUCUAAGGCAAACCAGUAUCUCUAUGCUCCAGUUGUUCACAUGAAAACCAGUAAGGUGUGGAAUGGAUCAACAGAAGAUUUAUGCAAAAUCUUGGUAGAGGAACUGAAACGAGCAGCUGCACAGAAACAUGGAGACGUUGAUACACCAGAAUGGAGCCAGUUCUUGGAGGAGCAAGCAUGGAGAUGUAUGAGCCUCCAGAUGCUUAGUGUCUCUCACUGCUCUCCACUGAAAGUAGAAGUGGAUGGUGUGACUCAGAACUCAAGAGAAUCUGCAUUUAUCUUGUAUAACUAUGCACGCCUCUGUACCAUCUUCCAAUCCUUUGAAGAGAGUGUCUCAGAAGGAGAAUUUCCACCAUUGCCAGACAUUGAUGAAAUUGACUUUGCUCUUCUGAGAAAUGAGGAGGAAUGGCAGUUGGUCUGGGGAUACAUCUUCCACUUCCCAGAUAUUAUAGAGGAAAAUGCUGUGCAAAUAAUGGGAGGCACUGGAAAAUUUAGAACUGUUGCCGUCACCAAGUUCAUGAGUUCCUUUUCGCAUCGUGUGAGCGAGUACUACAGCCGCUACCAUGUCCUGUCUGAUCCUCUGCCACAUCUGCUACCCACAAUGUAUGCAAGACUUCAUCUCUUGCAAGCUGUCAAGACUGUGAUGGAAAUAUGUUUUGCUACACUAGGGGUUCAGUCACCUACAUCUUUCAUGUAAUUUUUGUUGGAAGUAUUUCUUACUCUGUGUUUCUGUGAAUGGGCUUUUUUUCUGAUUUUCUCAUAAUUGGCUUGCAAAGGAUUAUUGUGAAUUUAUUGCAUUGUGAAGGGUUUUCACAAUUUUUUUUUACUGAAAGAAAAAAUAUGGAAAUUAUAUGCUGUGUAUGUACAUACAUACAUACUCUCUCCAGCUGUUAUAAGCUGUCAUGUGUGUAGUAAAUAAAUUCGAGGAGGAGGAAUUGCCACAAUUUUUCAUGCACUUAUGAAAACAUACAGGGAAAUCCAUCUUAUAUCAGUAGACUAGUCAUAUUUUUAAAAUGUUUGUACAUGGAAGAUAUCUGUAUUUGAAAUAUGUAUAUCAUAACAUUGUAUUCUUUGCAUUAUCAAAUCACUUAAAGGAAUUCAGAACAUAUUUGGAUUUGUAAUUUCUGCAGGUUCUUGUUUUGCUUGUCUGUAAAGGUUCAUCCAUUAAAUUUAAGGCUUUUUGAUAAGGAUGCAAUGUUAUUCUCAGAAUGAAUUUCAUGAAUUAUUUUAUUUUUGUACUGAAAGAAAAGAGUAUGGAAAUAUAUAAAUUAUUGUUAUUUUUAA